GUAAUUGUGGGGACCCUCCUAUCCGCCACCGGCGCGAUUUUGAAUGCGCACAGCUCUUCAUUAGGACAACCGGUUCCUGCUUUCUCAAAAAGCUGAUACCCAUGUGUUAGGGUCAAUUACUGGGUCCGCAUUCCAAAGCAAUAUUUCGUCCUCACAAAAUGACCACUCAACUCCCUUUAACUGUCCUGUUUGAUCCUAUAUUUCAAUGAUUCAGAGCAUUUUUAUACUCACUACUACAAGCGAUGUGCUUUUGGAAAAACAUUGGGGAGGGAUUUCUUUGUUGCCAAAUUUAAGAGAUGUUUUCGAUGCGUCUCUACAAGUGACUUCUAACAGAAUCCUGGUUGCCACGGAGCUUCGCCAAGGAGUAUUUAUUCGAUUAUGCAACAAAAAUUUGCUUUUUGUUGCGGUAUGCGCAAAUGAAACUCCCCCUCUCUUCGUUAUAGAGUUUUUAAAUCGUUUGACGGAAAUAAUCACCGAAUAUUUUGCAACUGUGAAUGAGUUGAGUAUCAAAGAAAACCUGGUUUCAAUUUACGAGAUUAUCGACGAAAUGGUUGAACUAGGUUUCCCGCUGACCACUGAGUCGAACAUCUUGAAAGAUUUGAUAAAACCUGGCAAUCUGUUUCGAUCCCUAACGGAUGCAGUGGCGGGUAAACAUUCGGCAGUUGGUUCCAUUCUUCCGGCCUGCCAACUUUCUAAUGUGCGAUGGAGAAGAACCGGUCUGAAGUACACAAGCAACGAGGUGUACUUCGAUUUAAUUGAAGUGGUAGAUGCUAUUCUAGACACUUCCGGAAGCACUGUAUCCAAACAGGUCCAUGGUCGGAUCGAGUGCUUGGCGAAACUGACAGGAAUGCCGGAUUUGACUCUGAUUUUUUCUAAUCAUCGUAUCAUCGAAGAUGCCAGUGUGCACCCUUGUGUUCGGUUACUGCGAUGGACCAAGGAGGGAAUCUUGUCGUUCAUUCCACCCGAUGGUCGUUUUCGCCUGAUGGACUAUCGUACCACCUCUUUUAACUCACUUGCCCUACCCCUGUCGGUUCGCCACCACAUCGUUUGGCGCGAAAAACGAGGCAGACUGGAACUUUCUAUCGCAUCAAAAUUACCAGGGAAAUCGAUUGACUCAGUCAAACUAACGAUGCGGCUGUCACACGAUGUCUGCAACGUGGAUGUCACUCCUAGCUCUGGACGGUAUCGAUUUGACUUACAUACAAAGCAACUUGAAUGGGAUAUCGGACGCCUAGAAUCGACAGGCGUAGCUCCAACUCUAAAGGGUAACCUUGAAUUGUGUUCCAAUCACAGUCUACCUAUGAACCCCUCCAUAAUGGUCAGAUUUUCCAUUCCGAAGUUCUCCGCGUCUGGAUUGAAAAUCGCCCGCGUAGACUUAUACAAUGAGCCCUCGUUCCGUCCAGGCCGGAUUUCCAGACCUCGUCCAUCAUUCAUCCGAGCUGCUGACUCAAGGUGACCACGAAUUUGUAUGUGGUUGGACUGUUAACCCGACAUUGAAAAUACUUUGUGAUUUUUGUCAUUUCUGUUCACACUUGCUAAUUGUUAUUUAUCUUUUUGAAUCCUAGCCCACUACAUAUUUGGUUACUCC